AUGCGGAUAUUGCUCCCGACACCUAUUCUUCCACCGGUAUACGGCGAUGAUCUCUCCCAGGUCUCGAGGUUGUUUAAGCGUGUCCUGGUCGCCUACAGCCGUCGUCGGCCGCAGCGCCCUCUCAAAGGCUCGUCGGCGUUGUCUGCAAAGUUCCUCGUCAACGUGCAAUCCACGUUCCCGAUCCACACCCGGGAUCGCCAUCCAAAGCCGCGGUCGGAAGCAAGUCAAACGUUGCUGCCGCCCACAACAUUUACCACGGCGGUCAUGCAGGAUGGCAGGACCGCAAAAGUCAAGAACCGCGCUCCUGCUGCUGUCCAGAUCACAGCGGAGCAGCUUCUGAGAGAUGCCCAAGAAAGGCAAGAAGCCCAAUUCAGGGCCCCAAGGCAACGCGUGGAAGAUUUUGAAGAGCUCGACGAGUAUCGAGGUCGUAAGAGAAAAGAAUUUGAGGAGCGAAUCCGUCGGACGCCCGGAAACCUCAAGGAAUGGACGUCUUACGCGUCCUGGGAGGCCUCACAAGGCCAAUAUGACCGCUCACGCUCCGUCUAUGAACGAGCCCUCGAGGUAGACCCACGAGCAAGCAAGCUCUGGUUAUCCUAUACCGAAAUGGAACUCAAAGCCCGCAACGUGCAGCACGCGCGGAAUCUAUUUGACCGUGCCGUGACGUUACUACCCCGGGUGGACCUAUUUUGGUACAAGUAUGUCUACCUCGAAGAACUCCUCGAAAACAUCCCAGGGGCACGACAGGUGUUUGAGCGAUGGAUGGCGUGGGAGCCAGAGGACAAGGCUUGGGCGGCAUACAUCAAGCUCGAAGAACGCUACCAAGAGCUCGAGCGUGCGAGCGAGAUUUACAAACGAUGGGUCGCUGUUCGCCCCGAGCCUCGUAUCUGGGUCAAGUGGGCAAAAUUUGAGGAGGAUCGUGGGAUGGUUGACCGUGCACGCGACGUGUUUGAUACCGCGCUACGAUUCUUUGGUGAUGACGAGACGGAAAUCGACAAAGCGCAAGCUUUUGCGCUCUCGCGCUUGCCCCGUUCCAAGUCAGCCUCACUCUAUGCCGCCUACACCAAAUUCGAAAAACAACACGGCACGCGGACCACGGUCGAGGCUACGGUAUGGAGCAAACGCCGGAUUCAAUACGAGGAUGAAGUAGUUGCAGACCCGUUCAAUUACGACACCUGGUUCGAUUUCGCUCGACUCGAGGAGGAUGCGUAUCGAGCGUUACGUGAUGAUGGUGAAUCUGAAGAGGAGCUCGAAAAGGCUAUAGGUCGUGUGCGUGAGGUCUACGAGCGUGCGGUUGCCACGGUGCCGUUGGCCAAUGAGAAGAGGAUGUGGAGACGGUACAUCUUUCUAUGGCUCUACUAUGCGGUGUUUGAGGAGAUUGAAACAAAGGAUUACUCACGCGCACGGGACAUCUACAAAGCCGCGAUUUCGGUUGUACCUCACAAGCAGUUUACAUUUGCAAAACUAUGGCUGCAAUACGCGCGGUUCGAAAUCCGACGGUUGGAUCUGGUGACGGCACGCAAAGUGCUUGGGACAAGUAUCGGAAUGUGCCCUAAAGAAAAACUCUUCAAAGGCUAUAUUGACUUAGAGCUGGAGUUGAAAGAAUUCGAUCGUGCACGGACGCUCUACGAAAAAUACAUUGCGCAUGACCCGACCAACGCAGGCGCCUGGAUUGCAUUCGCGUCGCUCGAAAAUGCGCUCCAAGACAUUGCGCGUGCACGAGCUGUGUACGAGCUGGGCGUAGGUCAACCGACUCUAGCAAUGCCGGAGCUUCUCUGGAAGUCGUACAUCGACUUUGAGGUUGUAGAAGGUGGUUACGAGCGGGAUCGUACGCGGGUGAGAAAAUUGUACGAGCGCUUGGUGGAGCGGACGGGACAUGUCAAAGUGUGGAUCAGUUGGGCGAUCUUCGAAGGGACAAAACUCGUUCCGCCGGUCGAGGAAGGAGAGGAAGAAGAAGAGGAAGGGCUACCGGCUGACCUAACAAAGGCACGCGAAGUGUUUGAGCGCGGGUACAAAGCCUUGAAAGAUAAGGGGCUCAAAGAAGAGCGCGUGGUGCUACUCGAAGGAUGGAAAAAGUUUGAAGAAGAGCAUGGGACGCCAGAGGACGUUGAGCGAGUCGAGGCACGGAUGCCACAAGUCACGAAACGAUGGCGCAAGUUGGACAGCGGGGAUAUGGAAGAAUGUACGUCUUUUGGCCUCACGAUUGUCUCUGUCAUUGUUGGGAUCCUGACCGUCAUGGCAGAUUGGGAUAUCCUAUUCGCCGACGACGAGCGCGAGGCAAACCCCGCGACAUUCAAGUUUUUGCAAAAUGCACUCGCGUGGAAGACCAAACAGGGCGGCGGUGAUACGAAGACAAGUCUAUUGGCAGAGUUACUCGCGGAGGAGAGCAGCGAAGAAGAGGAAGAAGAGGAUGACGAAAAGAGUAGUAACGAGGGAGAUCAAAUGCGAGACUAG